UGGGCUACUUUUGUAAGACGACUAAAAAAUCACGGAUUUUUUAAACGAUUCCUCAUAGUUUGGUUUGCACAGUAAUUUUACUUUUUUACUUACUCAGAAUUGAAGUAUUCUAAUUUGAAACUGCUUUAUUCGAUCUAAUUGUGUUUUAAAUGUGAGCCCUAACUGCUUAAACCAUAACUAAUUAAAGACUCGACUAACGCGUAGUACAGCACAUAAUAAUAUGUAUAAUACCUUCCGGUUAACAAAUCUACUGAGGUGAAAGAGUUUUCCCAGAAUUGCCUGUAAUUUAUUGCAUACGUCAUUGGCGUGAAGUUUCCAACUCAGGUCACAGUUAGCUGUCAAGCCUAGGUAACGAUAUUUAUCUACCACUUCAAUCUUUGUACAUUCUACUACUUCGAUUUUGUUGAGGUGCAGGCACUCGUAAGUGUGUCCAGUUAUAGUUGUCUGUUGGUUGGUCGUGGUAUUUGAUUUUCCUGUUUAAUAGGCAUUCAAUUUGGUAAGCCAUAAGCAGGUAGCUUUUAACUGUCCUGGAAAAAUAGGAAUGAUUUAAACAAUAACAACCUGUGCCUAACUAGUGGAAUGAAGAAGUUAAAAGUAGCGGAGCGGGAAUUAGCGGCGCUUCCUGCUUGUGGGCGCGCGCCUUUGUUCGUCGCGGCGCUUGCGGCGAGCGCAGGUGCGGCGCGCGGGCGCGAGGUCGCCUCGCGGACGUUACUCACGCCUGAGGUUAUCUCCAUUACGGCUAGGAGCGGUCAAUUGGUCCCGCGGCCGGCGCUCAGUCGCUCGCCUGCGCCGAGUGUUCAGUGUCGCGUCAUGUCGGGGCGAGCGUGGGUGUCACGCGCUGCGAGCGCUGCGUGGGUGCUGAGCGCGGCGCUGGCCGCCGCCUCGCUGUUGCCGCUGGACGCCGAGCAGCUGCACGCCAGCGUCGGAGGGUUCGCCGUCAUGAACUGCCAUCUAGACUUCCCCUUCGGCAACGAAAUACCCUAUCAUCUGCAGUGGGAUAAAGAUGGCGACGUGAUCUUCUCGUGGUACAGCGGGGAGGGCGCGGCGCGCGUGGCGGACCGCUGGGGCGGGCGCGUGCGGCGCGUGCUGGACGGCCGCCUCGGGCUCGGCCGCGGCUCCAUCAACGUGAGCGCCGUGCGCGAGACCGACGCCGGCCUCUACCGCUGCCGAGUCACCUUCCCCAACCGCACGCCGCCGGCGCGCAACAACGGCACUUACUACCAGCUGCAAGUCGACGGAGGUAAUUUAAUAGUUACGCCUCCGAUGAACGUGACGGUGCUGGAAGGCGAGCGCGCCGAGCUGGAGUGCCUGCCGAAGAACCCGUCGUCCGUGGUGGAGUGGUUCCGCGACGGCGCGCCGCUGAGCGCGCUGCCCGAGCUGGCGCUGCGCAGCGAGCGGCCCGCCAACGGCUCGCUCGUGCUGCGCCGCGCCGCCUCCAGCGACCCCGGCGAGUACGAGUGCCGCGUUCAGGACCCCGACCACGCCUCGCAGAGCGCCAGCGCCUUCUUGGACGUGCAGUACAAAGCAAAAGUGGUGUAUGCUCCGAAGGAACGCUACUUGCCGUAUGGCAAGCCGGCCAGCCUCGACUGCCACUUCAGCGCGAACCCUCCGCUCACUAACCUGCGGUGGGAAAAAGACGGCUUCCUGUUUGACCCCUACAAUGUCCCGGGAGUUUUCUACAGCAGAAAUGGGAGUCUGCUAUUUAAUCAGGUGGACGAAUCGCACGAAGGAGAAUACUCUUGCACCCCCUACAACACCUUGGGAUCCGAAGGCCCGUCGCCUGGCGUGCGUGUGCGCGUGCAGCGCCCUCCGGCACUGGCGGCGCGCCCGCAACCCCUAUACGUAGCUCGGCUCGGGGCGACGCUGACUCUGCCCUGUGCCUCCACCGCGCGCAACCACCACGAUCAGCCGCUCGUGCACUGGGCCAGGAAAGACGGAAGUGAGCUUCCAGCGGGAAGACACAACCUCGACGACGGUAACUUGACGAUCGUGGACGUGACGGAGGACGACCGCGGCGUGUACGUGUGCACCGUGAGCAACGAGGCGGCCACCGUCGACGUCGAGACCGAGCUGCUGGUGGAGAACAUGCCGCCGCGCGCCCCCUACAACCUCACCGUCAGGCCCGCCGCUGACUCGCUCCAUCUAACCUGGGUGCCCGGACACAACGGACUCGAAGUAGACUACAACGUCUGGUACCGCGAGCGAACUGUUAGUGAAUGGCGCACCAUGAAAAUAUUGACUAGAGGUGUGACCGAAGCUACUUUAGUCGGACUGCGGCCCGGCACCGAGUACGAGCUGCGAGUUCUGUCGCAAGACUUGAUCGGCGAUGGACUCUUCAGCAAGCCGGUAUUCACGAGGACACUCGGGUCUUUAGAAGAAGAAGAGUUAGUCGAUGCAGUAGAGGGAGAACAAGUUGCAUUUGCCUCCGCCACGACGGAAGAGAACGACAUUCCCAUAUCUAGCGAGGGUGGCGAGCUGGAGGUAACGGUGCGGCUGAUCGACGAGGGCGCGCUCGUUCGCUGGCGCCGCGAGCCGCGGGACUCUUCGCGCUGCACCGUGCGCUGGUACGAGGGCGCCGCGCCCGGCGAGCGCCUGCUGGCCACCGGCCACACGCUGCACGACUACAUGCUCGUGAGCGGCGCGGAGGAAGGUGCGCGUUACUGGGCGCGCGUGCAGUGCGCGAGCGGCGCGGGCGGCGCGGGGCUGCGCGUGCCGGAGUACGCGCGCCUGCGCGGCGUGGCGGCGGGCUGCGCGGCCGCGGCGCUGCUGCUGGCGGCGCUGGCGGGCGCGCUGUUCGCGGCGCGGCGCCGGCUGUGCGCGCGCCGCCUGCCGCCCGCGCCGCGCUGCGACAAGCGUCUGCGCUGA